UUCUCUAUUAUAUAUUUUCAGGUCAUAUGGUAUAAGCAUCAGAGGAAGGUACUCAAGCAUCUCCAACGAGGAACUUGACAAUCUGGUCCGAGAGAUAACAGAUGGCAAUCAGACACUUGGGCAACGAAUGGUUCAGGGACAUCUUCAGAGUCUAGGACAUCGGGUUCAAAGACAACGUGUUGCUGACAGUCUGAUCCGGUUGACGAAGCAGCUGUAGCCAUGCGAUGGUGUCACUCGAUUCGGCGAAGGGUGUACAAUGUUGCUGGUCCAAACUCAUUGUGGCACAUAGAUGGAAACCACAAAUUGAUAAGAUGGGGUUUUGUCAUACACGGAGGCAUUGAUGGCUUCUCGCGGAUGUGUGUUUUCCUCCAAGCUGCAACCAACAACAAGGCUACCACGAUGACAAAAGCCUUCAUGACAGGCACCCAGUGCUAUGGUGUCCCAUCAAGAGUCCGCAGCGAUCACGGGCUGGAAAUACCGGCGUUGGGGCGUUUAUGAUAGCGCAUCGUGGACCUCGUCGGGGUUCUUUCAUCACGGGAAGGAGCGUCCACAAUCAGCGGAUUGAACGCAUGUGGCGUGACCUGUUUGCCAGUGCAACAAACGUGUUUCACGGAUUGUUUUCACAUCUUGAGGAGUCUGGACAGUUGGAUUUGACAAAUCCAGUGCACAUGUGGUGCCUUCAUCACGUGUUUGUGCCUCGUGUCCAGCGAGCGUUAGACAUAUUCCGUGAGGGCUGGAACUGCCACAGGUUGAGCAGUGAAAGAGGUAGAACCCCCACACAGCUCUACAUUGAGGGCAUGAUGCGCCAAGCUGGACAGGGUCAUAGGGGCAUCGACGACAUGGUGUUCCGUGCUCCGGAGGAAGACAUCCAAGACCAUACUGAAUAUGGUAUUGACGAUGAGGUCGAGGUAGCCCCCCGAGAAGACAUGAUCACCAAUGUGUCAAAUGUAGACUGUCCUCUGAAUGAGCAGGACUUCACAAGACUAACACAAACUUUGAACAUUGAGAGUGACCACCAGGGUGUGGAUUGUUUCUUGGCAUGUGUUGAGUUUUGCAAUUCUGUGUAGUGACCAAGCUAUGAUUACAUGAAACUGCUUAUAUGGUGACCAGAAUCAGAUAGUGAAUUAUCGGAUGAUGAUUGUUGUGGCAACUAGUCUAGUUGCCAUAACAAUCAUCAUCCGAUAAUUCACUAUCUGAUUCUGGGUCAUAUUCUAAUAUAGUUUAGAUUAGAAUCACCUGAAACUGUUUUAUAUUCUGGAAAAUUUACUAUUUAAAGUCAAAUUGGUGUUAGUACAUGUUUUAAUGUUUUUUAAUACAUGUAUAUCUGUUAUUAUCAAAAUCUUGAUAAUUGAGACUCUCAUUAUCUCUCAAUAUUCUCAUUUGGUAUUUUAUUUGUGCUUUUCAUAACAUGUACACUUCUUUUUAUCAGACUUUUAUUAAUUAAGUUAUGUACAUGUACUCAUUUGUUAAUGUCACUUAAAGUGCCAGACAUAUACUCAUCUGAUAUCAGACUGUAAUUUAUUAAGUAAUAUACUCAUUUGGUAAUUUCAUUUGAAGUGCUAGUCAUAAACUCUUGGUAAAAUGUUAUUGUGUUAAGUGGAGGUUCAUUAUAUUGAGAUUGUUCUUUGUCAGUCUGACAGGUCAAUUUUUGCAACUGUUUAAAUGAUCUCAUGUGCUAAGAGUUAAACACUGUUAUUGUACUGUUUUAUUGUGUACUCUUAACACAGUAUUACUUAUAAAUGUUCUAGUAUUUGCUCAUAAAAUGCUUCAGUAUAA